AUGGCGGCGACCGGACCGAACAGUGGCGCGGAAACUACGCAGCAGGUCGCAUCAAGUCCACAGACACACAAUGCCGAACCAACAUCUUCGCGAGCUACCCCAGAUGUUAGUAUCUCACCUAACGAACACCGAGCAAUAAACCCAGAGGAAUCUCACAACGAAAAUGUGCCCCAACGCGCCGAGCCGCCGCCCCGAUUCCCAGAUGAAGGCAGGACAGGCGAUCCCGAGCACAUUGAAGAUGGGGCCGGCAGCCAGGCUACUCACUCCAGCCAUAGUCUCCUGCAGCCAACUGAGAAAACUCCCUAUGGCUGGCGUCCUCGGUAUCUACGACGGAGAGUGUUUGGUCUCUUCAUAGCAGGAUUUCUCAUUCUUGCUGCCCUCAUUGUCCUUCUAUGGGCCAUCUCGAAGCAGCGGAAUGGGCUUACCGCGGCCAAGGAAUCGCUCUACUACCUCUGGAUGUUUAGCCCGACGAUAGCUUUUACGGUAUUGCUAUCUGUAUGGACGCGCGUCGAUUAUCAAAUCAAGCGAUACAUGCCCUGGAUCCAACUAGCACACAGCACAUCUCCCAACGCUCGUCGGCAGCGCGGCUCGCCGAUUGAUUCCAGGCGAGCCUUAUUCCUGGACUACGCCAACAUGGCGCAAGUCAAAGUGGCGUGGACUUCGUGGAAACACCGCGACCUCCUCGUGUGGGGCUCAACCAUGCUCUCCUGGCUCUUUUUCGUCCAAAUCACCCUGUCCACGGGAUUGCUCAACCUCGAGGACGUGGCCAUGCAGGAGACCACCGCGCUCAACGUGUAUGACGCGUUCGAGCAGAUCACGGGAACGGACCAAGACGUCUUGAACAGCAAGAUUCCCUCCCUCAUGAUGAACGGCAUGGCGAUUCUCAACUUGUCGCUUCCGCUCGUCCACCACCUCGGCAACGCGUUUCAACGGUUCGGCCCUCGCUCGGAUGCCGACUCCGCGUCCCUUAGUCAAUAUGCGUCGCUGGAGACCACGCUGGAUGUGACGUGGGUGGACCCCAUCUGCGAGCGGCUUGAUGUCACGGCCGAACAAUGGGAUGAGGACGCGAUGGCUAAUUAUUUCGGGCUGGACAUUUCCUUUGAUUCGCCUCACUGCGAGACGCACCGUCACAUUAUUAGUUCCGUGAACAAAUGGGAUGUGCCGCCGCUCGGUCAGAGCUACUACUGGGUCUACAACGAGAAAGGCAACUGCAAGUUUCCAGGCGUGCAGUCGGAUUCGACGUCAACCAUCAUCUCCGCCGUGAUCGAAGUGAAUACCACCGAAGACCAGAUACAGUACGUCGCCUCGUCCGCCUUUGCCUGCCAAGUCGCGCUCGUACUGGCAGAGCAAGUCCCCGUGACCGUCACCGACGGCUUGGACAUCACAGCAGCCCUGGAUGCAGCGACCGCGAGCAAGACUUUGGACGGAAACAUCGUGGACCAUAUGAAACGGUUUCGCGGGGACGACCUGCGAGAUGGCGCGGAACAGCAAAUGCGUACAGGUUCGGAUUACGUCGACGCGAUUUUCCUCUCGCCGUACCGUCUCGGCGCACGGAUUACCCCCGGUGGCGUUCCUUCGGUCCCGGAGCUUUUGGAUGGUAGGUUGGAGGAUCUCGUCAAGGCGUGGAUCAGGGUCGUCUCCGCAAAGGGCACUGUCUUGCGGCAAAGGCUUAUCGUGAAGGAGUCUACCGCAUGGUCCAUGUUUGGGGUUUCAAUCGUAAUGACAGGACUUCUGCUGUUCAUGUACGUCGAGGCGGCGAGGACCUCAAGUUUCUCGUCCUUUGUCACCCGGGACCCGGAUUCCAUUGCGGGUUGCGCUGCCCUUCUCGCCAAGAGCGAGCAGUUUCUUGACUCGCUCAUGGGAACCGGCGAUGCCAAUGUAGCAGAAUUGAAGAGGAGGCUACGGGAACGUACCGUACAACCCUGCUUCUACCGCCCGGACCGUUUCCCCAGGAGCACUUCCUCCUCGUCGAUGAGGGCACCCCAGACUCUCCCGCCUCCGAGGGGCCGCGAACGUAGGCAACGCCAAGGAGAGCGGGCGUGGUUCGUAUACUUAUCGUCCAUGGUCCCUCCGACGGUGGUGCCAACUCUGUUUUUCGAGGCGCUUGCCAUCUACCUAAAGAGCUGCGACUUCAACAUCCGGUUUCUGACGCCCAUGGUGACUCUGCAAAGCGGAGAGGUCCAUUUCGACGAGGCUGUGGGGAUUUCGUACGCCAACGCCUUUGGCCCGGUCGUGCUCUGGAAAGCGCUGCGACACAGGAACUGGAACGUAUUUCUCUCCAAAGUCAUCGCUUGGCUCGUUACCCUGCUGCCCAUCGUCACGAAUGCUCUCUUCGCCGUUGAGAUGGGAGAGGUGCGGCAGACUGUGCAACUACAGCAGCAAACCUGGUUUGCGGCGGACGAUUCCGUGACCUCGUCGUACGAGGCUCCGUCUGCGAUUGGCGGGAUGCUGCUGGCGGACAAGGACGCCAACAUGUCGUUUCCGCAGUGGACGUACGAGGAGUACGCGAUUCACCGACAAGCCAUUCUCCAGGGAGGCGAAGAACUCGUGGGCACGGUGCAAGCGUCUGUUCCCGCCGUAGCUGUUAGCUCGAAACCGUCGGUGCUCAGCGUCAAGUACGGUGACGAGGGUUUGACGUGUUUAAGAAAUAUCAAAUGCGAGGAUCACACCUACUUUGGCGCGGUGCUGGGCGGUGAGGUGGAAUCGUCCUCGUGCGGCAAGACCGGUCUACCCGCCACGAGCUAUGUCUGGGGAGUCUGCGAAGGCAACGAAGUGACGUUCAUCAAGGGCCUCAACUGCACCGAAGUAGCCCAUGAGAUAGAUCUCGACGUGCGUUUUCUAGAUGCGCAAAUGCGUCUCGAUACCAUCGUCUACCCACCGACACCCAAGCUCGACACUCGCCGACAGAGUUCCUUCCACGGGGAAGCAGACAGCCUCUACAGCUUCAUCGACUUUAUCGCCUCCAGCCACCUAGGCCUCCCUUCGAAUAGCGACCUCCACGGGUUAUUCGAAGCCGUGACGAGAUCUCGCUGGGCGGUGCCGCUGGAAAAGCUCGGGCUCGACUCGGCGAGCGAGGAGGUGGCAGCCGCUAUCAGCAAACACCACGGCAUCAUCCGCGCGCAGACGCUCAACUAUGACGGGCGGCCGAGCAUGGCGCAGACACCCGUGAUACGUCGUCCUUUCGACGAGGAUGGCGACCUCCCCGCCCCGAAAUACCCGCCUUUGACAGCGGAUCCGCCUGCGCCGUUUGAUGCGUCUCUUCGAACGGCGGAGAACAGACUCCUGCAGAAAAAGGGAGCGACGUGGACCGUCAUCGCCAUUCUCGCGGCGAUUCUUUUGCUACAGGCGGCCCUGCUCGCCGAUUCGUCUCUCUUCAUGUACCUGCCCGAUGACGCGGAGUGGCGCUCCGAUGGGAAGCUGAGCAAGCAUUUUGGCGGGGUGAAAUUCCGUAUCGGGAGGUUUCCUGCGAUGGCGAAUGCGGAGACGCCGAUCGAUGGGUCAGAGCACGAACAGGCGCUUGAGUAUACUAUUGGGAUUGUCGAGGGAGAAGAAGCGAUGGUGGGGAUGAUGGGGGACUUUAAUGCGGAUGCAACGGCCGAAAAUACGCUAGGCCCUUCUGGGAACAUGGACUCUGCGACUACUUUGCCUGUUAUAGUCGUCGAGCAUGCCCCGCGGCCGUAA